CGGGCCGGGCCACAGUCCCCUCUCAAAUUGAAGAAGAGAUCUAACUCUGCUCAGCUCUACUGAUCAACGCAUACAGCUACACCUCUCAUCCGCCACCGCGAUUCAUUUUUCAGAAAGAGAUUAUCCAGCGCGAAAGUGUCCAUUAAGAAGUAGUGACAACAUUUGUCAAGAUACUGCCAAUUAAAAAACGGGACUGGCUGGCUUGUAAACUGUAAACCGGAUUAUUUCAUCCAUCAUUCUCGUGACACAAGUGUCCUCUUAACAAGUACCUUCGAAAACUUUUUUCUUUUUUGUCGAACCCCUUCCAAGCUCUGAACUUUUCACUGCGGGGACGCGCUUGACACAGCUUUGCAAAACUACAGCGCAGUCAAUUUCGCACUUUGGUUCUACAUCGGUAUAAAAAGGACAAGACAACCGCCAAGAUGAUGAGCAACAACUAUUACGACGACCAGCAGCCGCCCCAGUACUACCAGGGCACCGAUUUCGGGGAAGAAGAGGACGACGAGAUGCCGGCCACGGAGAAGGACCUGGCGGAAGAUGCGCCAUGGAAGAAGAUCCAGCAGAACACCUUCACCAGGUGGUGCAAUGAGCACCUCAAGUGCGUCAACAAGACCAUCAGCGACCUGCAAAGGGAGCUGGGAGACGGGCUCAAGUUGAUUGCCCUGCUGGAAGUUUUGAGCCAGAAGAGGAUGUACAGAAAGCAUCACACAAGACCAAACUUCAGACAAAUGAAACUGGAAAAUGUUUCGGUGGCGUUGGAAUUUCUGGAGAGGGAACGCAUCAAACUGGUAUCAAUUGACAGCAAAGCCAUCGUGGACGGCAACCUGAAGCUCAUCCUGGGCCUGAUCUGGACCCUGAUCCUCCACUACUCCAUCUCCAUGCCCAUGUGGGACGACGAGGAUGACGAGGACGCCAAGAAGCUGACGCCCAAGCAGAGGCUCCUGGGAUGGAUCCAGAACAAGGUGCCCCAGAUGCCCAUCAACAACUUCAACAAGGACUGGAGAGAUGGCAAGGCCCUCGGAGCCCUGGUAGACAACUGCGCCCCCGGUCUGUGUCCAGACUGGGAGACUUGGGACCCCAACAAGCCCGUGGACAAUGCCAGAGAGGCCAUGCAGCAGGCUGACGAUUGGCUGGGGGUUCCACAGGUGAUUGCUCCCGAAGAAAUCGUGGACCCCAACGUGGAUGAACAUUCAGUCAUGACGUACCUGUCCCAGUUCCCCAAGGCUAAGCUGAAGCCUGGUGCCCCCGUUAAGGCCAGGGAGCUGUUCCCCAAGAAAGCCAAGGCCUAUGGACCAGGUAUUGAGCCCGAGGGAAACAUGGUGAUGAAGCCUACUCAGUUCACAGUGGAGACUAUCGAAGCUGGCCAGGCUGAAGUUAUUGUGUACAUUGAAGAUCCCGAGGGCUACAAAGAGGAGGCUAAGGUUAUUCCCAACAAUGACCCGAAAAGGACAUACACUGUGCGCUACACACCUAAGGUUGCUGGUCCUCACAAGGUAAAGGUGUUGUUCGCUGGCCAGGACAUCGAUAAGAGCCCUUUCAAGGUGAAUGUUGGGAAAGCCAUGGGCGACCCCAACAAAGUUCAGGCACGGGGUCCUGGCCUGGAGCCUACUGGCAACGUGGCCGGCAAGCCAACCUACUUUGAUAUUUACACAGCAGGCGCCGGUGAGGGGGAUGUGGGCGUGGUGAUUGUCGACCCGAUGGGUCACAAGGACACGGUGGAGGUCAUGCUGGAGAACAAGGGAGACAACGUGUUCCGUUGCACCUACAAGCCCAUGAUGGAGGGCCCGCACACCAUCCACGUCACCUUCGCCAGCCAGCCCAUCCCCAAGAGCCCCUUCCCGGUCCAGAUCGCUGAAGCGCCCCCUAGUGGCCCUCCUGCGGGGCCCCCAGUGCAGAUUCUGCCCCAGUCUGUGCGCUCCCCACCUGCGGAUAAGGCUAAGAAAGGUGCACCCAAAGUGCCACCCAAACCUGCCAAGCCAACUAGCAACGCUAACGCCUGCCGCGCCACCGGCCGAGGCCUGCAGCCCAAAGGGGUGAGAGUGAAGGAGGUGGCCGACUUCAAGGUCUUCACCAAGGGAGCCGGAACUGGAGAGCUCCAGGUCACCGUGAAGGGACCAAAUGGUGUAGAUAUACCUGUGAAGGUGCGUGAUGCUGGAGACGGUGUGUACGCCUGUGACUACACACCCAUCCAGCCUGGCAAAUACACAGUCACCAUCACCUGGGGAGGACAGCCCAUCCCACGCAGUCCAUUUGAGGUUGAGGUCGGUGUGGAGGCCGGCCCACAGAAGGUGCGCGCCUGGGGUCCUGGACUGGUGACCGGGAUGGUGGGCAAGUCCGCUGACUUUGUGGUUGAGGCCAUCGGUGUUGAAGUCGGAACUCUAGGCUUCUCCAUUGAGGGUCCAUCUCAGGCUAAGAUUGACUGCGAUGACAAGGGUGACGGCUCCUGUGACGUGCGUUACUGGCCCACCGAGGCCGGCGACUAUGCCGUCCAUGUCAUCUGCGAUGAUGAGGACAUCAAGGACAGCCCUUUCAUUGCACACAUCCUGCCCGCAGCCAAUGACGUCUUCCCAGAGAAGGUGAAAGCCUUUGGUCCAGGCCUUCAGCCCACCGGGGUCACCAUCAACAAGCCAGCAGAGUUCACCAUCGAUGCUCGUCAAGCAGGAAACGGCAAGCUCAAGAUCUAUGCUCAGGACGCAGAGGGCUGUAUCAUCGAUAUCCAGAUCACUGACAAGGGGGAUGGCACCUUCUUCUGUGUCUACAUCCCCACCAAACCCAUCAAGCACACCAUCAUUAUCUCCUGGGGCGACGUCAACGUUCCCAACAGCCCCUUCAGGGUCAUGGUUGGGGAAGGAUGCCAUCCAGACAAGGUUAAGGUCUACGGUCCAGGAGUGGAGAAGACUGGACUGAAGGCCAACGAGCCGACCUACUUCACUGUGGACUGCGCCGAGGCAGGCCAAGGUGAUGUCAGUAUUGGAAUCAAGUGUGCUCCUGGAGUGGUCGGGCCUGCGGAGGCGGACAUUGACUUCGACAUUAUCAAGAACGACAACGACACAUUUACCGUCAAAUACACUCCCCCUGGGGCCGGCAAAUACACCAUCAUGGUCCUGUUCGCCGAUCAGGAGAUACCUACCAGCCCAUACAAAGUCAAGGUGGACCCAUCUCACGACGCAGGCAAAGUCAGGGCAGAGGGACCUGGCCUCAACAAGACAGGUGUUGAAGUGGGCACACCAACCCAUUUCACCAUCUACACCAAGGGAGCAGGCAAGGCCAAGCCCGAGGUUCAAUUCACCGCUGCCGUCAAAGGGGAGGCUGUCAAGGACUUUGAGAUCAUUGACAAUCACGACUACUCCUACACUGUGAAGUACACUGCCCUGUAUCAGGGGAGUCUGACCAUCUCCGUGACCCACGGUGGGGACCCUGUUCCCAAGAGCCCUUUCAACAUCACCGUCGCCCCUCCUCUGGACACCAACAAGGUUAAGGUGGAAGGGCUGAACGAGAGAGUGGAGGUUGCCAAGGACCAGGAGUUCACGGUGAACACCAAAGGUGCCGGUGGCCAGGGAGAGGUUGGCGUCAAAAUGACAUCACCCUCCGGGAGACCAAUCCCAUGCAAGCUGGAGUCAGACAAGGCCAAGGAGGCGACUUCUGUGAAGUACAUCCCGCCUGAGGAGGGCACGUACAAGGUGGAGGUGACCUACGAUGGACACCCCGUCCCUGGCAGCCCCUUCUCUGUGGAGGGCCUCAUGCCAGCAGACCCCACAAAGGUCCGUGCUUAUGGUCCAGGUCUUCAGGGCGGCAUUGUGGGUCAGCCCGCACCUUUCGGCAUCGACACCAAAGGUGCCGGCGCCGGCGGACUGGGCCUGACCGUGGAGGGACCCUGCGAGGCCAAGAUCGAGUGUCAGGAUAACGGCGACGGCACAUGCUCCGUCUCCUACCUGCCCACCGAGGCCGGCGACUACAACAUCAACAUCCUGUUCGGCGAGCAACACAUCCCCGGCUCCCCCUUCAAGGCGGCGGUGCGCCCUGCCCUGGACGCCGGCAAGGUGGUGGCCAGUGGACCGGGCCUGGAGAGGGCGAAGGCUGGCGAGGCCGCCACCUUCACGGUGGACUGCACGCGGGCAGGAGACGCCGAGCUGACCGUGGAGAUCGUGUCGGAGACCGGCGCCAAGGCCGAGGUGCGCAUCCAGAACAACCAGGACGGCACCUUCUCCGUCACCUACAUCCCGCCGUUCCAGGGCGUGCACACCAUCACCAUCAAGUACGGCGGGCAGAUGAUCCCCAAGUGCCCCAUCCGCGUCCAGGUGGAGCCCGCAGUGGACACCAGUGGGGUCACGGUCUACGGCCCCGGAGUGGAGCCCAGAGGUGUGUUCCGCGACGUGACCACCCACUUCAUCGUGGACGCCCGCGCCAAAACCAAGAGCGCCGGCAGCAACGUCAAGGCCCGGAUCAUGAACCCCUCGGGCAACAGCACGGACACCUACAUCACAGACAAAGGAGACGGAACCUUCCGGGUGGAGUACACCGCAUACGAGGAGGGUAUCCAUCUGAUUGAGGUCCUGUAUGAGGAUGUUCCCAUCCCCAGCAGCCCCUUCAAGGUGUCCGUGGUGGAGGGAUGCGACCCAACACGCGUGCGCGCCUACGGACCCGGCCUGGAGAACGGCCUCACGAACAAAUCCAACUGCUUCACAGUAGAGACCAGAGGUGCAGGCACUGGUGGUUUGGGCUUGGCCAUCGAGGGGCCUUCGGAGUCCAAGAUGUCUUGCAAAGACAACAAAGAUGGCAGCUGCAGUGUGGAGUACGUGCCCUUCAUGCCUGGAGACUAUGAUGUCAACAUCACCUAUGGCGGACAGCCCAUCCCAGGAAGUCCAUUCCGUGUGCCAGUGAAGGACACCAUCGACCCCAGCAAGGUGAAGUGCUCUGGGCCCGGACUGGGGCCCGGUGUGAGGGCCCACGUCCCCCAGACCUUCACUGUGGACAGCAGGCAGGCAGGACAGGCUCCUCUGGACGUCAAACUGUUCGGACCAUCAGGUGCUGCUGAACCUGUGAAGGUGAUGAACAACGGUGACGGAACUCACACCGUCAACUACACACCUGCCCAAGAAGGUCCCUAUGCCGUGUCUGUCAAAUACGCUGACACAGAGGUUCCUCGCAGUCCAUUCAAGGUCAGUGCGGGACCAGCUCAUGAUGCCAGCAAAGUGCGUGCCAGCGGUCCCGGCCUGAACACCUCCGGGGUGGCUGCCAGCCUGCCCGUGGAAUUCACCAUCGAUGCCCGCGAGGCCGGCGAGGGACUGCUCACCGUCCAAAUCCUGGACCCAGAGGGCAAGCCCAAGAAGGCCAGCAUUCAGGACAACAUGGACGGCACCUACACCGUGUCCUACGUGCCAGACGUGAUCGGGCAUUACACCAUCACCAUCAAAUAUGGCGGAGACGAGAUCCCAUACUCGCCCUACCGCAUCCAGUCUCUGCCCACUGGAGAUGCCAGCCAGUGUCUCCUUACAGUUUCCAUUGGAGGAAAUAGAGUCUCAACGCUGGGACCAAAGAUCCAGAUGCAGGAGGACACGGUGAUCACAGUGGACGCUAAGUCGGCGGGCAAGGGCAAGGUGACCUGCACCGUGCUCACACCCAACGGCAUGGAGGCUGACAUGGACGUGGUGGAGAACCCAGACGGCACCUUCGACAUCUACUACACGGCACCCGAGCCCGGCAAAUACGUCAUCACCAUCCGCUUCGGUGGACAGCACAUUCCCAACAGCCCAUUCCACGUCACUGCUACAAAGGAGCCAGUCAUUCCCAGGCAAGAGGAAGAACGAUUCCGCCCACUCAACCUGGUCAUCCCCUUCACUGUACAGCAGGGAAAGAUUACAGGUGAGGUGCGUAUGCCCUCCGGUAAGAAAGCCUGCCCCCAGAUCACGGACAACAAGGACGGCACAGUGACGGUCAAGUACGCCCCGACUGAGAAAGGCCUGCACGAGAUGGACAUCAAGUACGACGGCAACCACAUCCCCGGCAGCCCCCUGCAGUUCUACGUGGAGUCCAUAGUCAGUGGUCAGGUGACCGCCUAUGGACCAGGCCUGUGCCACGGCACCGUCAACAAACCAGCCACCUUCACCGUGGUCACCAAGAACGCUGGAGAAGGUGGCCUUUCCUUGGCUGUGGAGGGACCUUCCAAGGCUGAAAUCACCUGCAAAGACAACAAAGACGGGACCUGCACCGUGUCUUACCUGCCCACGGCGCCCGGCGACUACAGCGUUAUUGUCAAGUUCGACGACAAGCACAUUCCCGGCAGUCCCUUCACUGCCAAGAUCACAGGCGACGACUCCCUCAGGACGUCUCAGCUGAACGUCGGCUCAGCAGCAGACGUCUCUCUGAAGAUCACAGAGACGGAUCUCAGCUCCCUGACAGCCAGCAUCAGAGCGCCGUCUGGAAACGAGCAGCCCUGUCUGCUCAAGAGGCUGCCCAACAGGCACAUCGGUAUCUCCUUCACUCCUAAGGAAGUUGGUGAGCACGUGGUGAGCGUGAUGAAGAGUGGGAAACACGUGACGAACAGCCCCUUCAAGAUCAUGGUGGGCCCCUCCGAGAUCGGAGACGCCAGCCGCGUCAAGGCCUUCGGGAAGGGCCUGGUGGAGGGCCACACGUUCGAGUUGGCCGAGUUCUUUGUGGACACCAGGAAUGCAGGCUAUGGUGGCCUGGGGCUCAGUAUUGAGGGUCCGAGCAAAGUGGAUAUUAACUGUGAGGACAUGGAGGAUGGGACGUGCAAGGUGACCUACUGCCCAACAGAGCCGGGCAACUACAUUAUCAACAUCAAGUUCGCCGACAAGCACAUCCCAGGAAGUCCUUUCACAGUGAAGGUGACAGGAGAAGGAAGGAUGAAGGAGAGCAUCAUGAGGAAGAGGCAGGCGGCCUCGGUCGCCUCCGUGGGCAGCACAUGCGACCUUAACCUGAAAAUCCCAGGCAACUGGUUCCAGAUGGUGUCGGCCCAGGAGCGCCUGACCCGCACGUUCACCCGCAGCAGUCACACCUCCUACACCCGCACCGAGCGCACCGAGAUCAGCAAGGUGCGCGGCGGGGAGACGAAGCGGGAGGUGCGCGUGGAGGAGAGCACGCAGGUGGGGGGCGACCCCUUCAGGGACAUCUUCGGAGACUUCCUGGGCCGCGAGAGGAUGGGCAGCUUCGGGAGCCUGACCACCAGAGCUGAAGGAGAAGUCGGUGUGCAGCCACUGACCGCCCAGGUGACCAGCCCCGGGGGCAAGACCUCGGACGCCGAGAUCGUGGACGGCGGAGACAGCACCUACAGCGUGCGCUUCGUGCCCCAGGAGAUGGGCCCCCACACGGUGCACGUGAAGUACAGGGGCCAGCACGUCCCCGGCAGCCCCUUCCAGUUCACCGUGGGGCCCCUGGGGGAGGGCGGCUCCCACAAGGUGCGGGCCGGAGGCACCGGGCUGGCCAGAGGAGUUGCAGGAGUCGCAUCUGAAUUUAGCGUGUGGACCCGAGAGGCUGGUGCGGGUGGCCUGUCUAUCGCAGUGGAAGGCCCCAGCAAGGCUGAGAUCUCCUUUGAGGACCGCAAGGAUGGCUCCUGUGGAGUUACCUACAUUGUACAAGAACCAGGCGACUAUGAGGUGUCGAUCAAGUUCAACAACGAGCACAUCCCCGACAGCCCCUUCAUCGUGCCUGUGGCGUCCCUGUCGGACGACGCACGCCGACUUACCGUCACGAGCCUGCAGGAGAAGGACCUGAAGGUGAAUCAGGAAGCCACCUUCGCAGUGCAGAGGAACGGGGCUCGAGGUGUGGUGGACGCCAAGGUGCACACGCCAUCCGGCCGCGCUGAGGAGUGCUACGUCUCAGAUCUGGAUAGCGACAAGAAUGCAAUCCGUUUCAUUCCACGGGAGAACGGUGUUCACUCCAUCGACGUUAAGUUCAACGGUAGCCACAUUCCCGGUAGUCCCUUCAACGUGCGCGUGGGGGAGCCUGACCAGGCCGCGGAUCCCGGCCGAGUGUCCGCCUUCGGGCCUGGGCUUCAGGGAGGCUGCACAGGCGUGCCUACCGAGUUUGUGGUGAACACCUGCAACGCCGGGUCCGGUGCCCUGUCGGUGACCAUCGACGGGCCCUCCAAGGCCAAGAUGGACUGCAUGGAGUGUGCGGAGGGCUACAAGAUCUCCUACACGCCCAUGGCACCAGGCAACUAUCUCAUCUCCAUCAAGUACGGCGGACCACAACACAUCGUGGGCAGCCCUUUCAAAGCCAAAGUUACAGGUGCACGUCUGUCAGGAGGCCACAGCCUGCAUGAGACCUCCACAGUGCUUGUGGAGUCGCUCACCAGGACCUCCAAAAUUGCCGGGGGCUACAGCAGCAGCGCCAUGGCAGCCAGUAGCAGCAGCAGCAGCAUCAGCGGCGGUGGCGGUAGCAGCGUGGCCAAGCUUGCAUCGGACGCCAGCAAGGUGGUGUGCAGAGGGCCCGGCCUCUCCAAAGCCGUGCUGGGGCAGAAGAACACCUUCCAGGUGGACUGCAGCAAAGCAGGUACCAACAUGCUGAUGGUUGGUGUGCACGGUCCCAGGACUCCGUGCGAAGAGGUGUACGUGAAGCACGUGGGCAACCGGCUCUACAACGUCACCUACACGGUGCGGGAGAAGGCCAACUACAUGGUCAUCGUCAAGUGGGGAGAGGACACCGUCCCAGGGAGCCCCUUCCAAGUCACCGUCCCUUGAACUGAACUGAACAGCCCCCAAAAACAGACCCCCUGUUACUACCCCCAUGACCCCAAGUUUUGACACCCCUUUGAUCACCUCCCCACAACCACCACCACCACAGAUCUUUGACCCUUAAGUGCUACGCUGCUAUGCAGAUAUGUGAGGACUCUCUUCUUUCCAACAAACCCUAAAUGCACUUGAAAAGAAAAUACAUAAAAAAAGAAAUGAAAGACUUUUUCUCAGUUGUGAGAGGAAAAAAAAAGAAUGUCACCUUUUUGUGCCAAAAUAUUUUAUAUUAACUCUUUGUGCUGUUUUAGGGUACUUUUCCUUUUCUUUUUUUGCCACAUGAGGCCAUCCAGUGUUCCCUCCAUUUUAAAGUCAACCUCACACAUACAAACACUUUUCCUGCAGAACCAAUCACUGUUUUUACUUUGCACACUUUAAAAGUCCGUCAUUUUCACUUGUGACAAGACAUGCACACUCCUGCAGCCGUGAAAAAAACCCAGAUAUUAUUUGACUGAAUGGUUUGGCGACGUCACCGUACUGGAAAGAGGACUCUUCCAACUAAUUGACACUUAUUUUAUAGACGUUGUAAAUGACAGUAGUUCUUUAACAUUAAGUGAGCAGCUUGCUUACUAUGUCUGUCCAAACAUGGAGGACCUGGGCGGCCAGGGCUUAAUGUGUGAAUGUUAAACAGUAUUAAAGUGUGUUACUGUAUGGUUUUAUAUGCUUUAUAUAAUAUGUUUGUUUUUUUGUUAUAUUAACCAAAAUGCAAUGUAAGUUCUUGCAGAGCUAAUAAAAAAAAUCAA